GCGACAGCUCUUGUUUUCAUUCCGUUUUGAGCAGCGUGCGCGGACGGUGUGUUCCUCGCAUGAAGAGUAAAAACAAAUUAAAUACUACUGAGAAAUAACAACAUCUCAGCGAACGAGUAUACGUCGGAAACCGAUUUGUCGCGCUAAAUAAUACGAGAUGCUGUUGGGGGAUUCAUGAAAAAAUAUAUUUUUGUGAUGAAAUAUUAAUGUAAACCCAUUGUUUGGUUUUCAAUUUCGUUUUUGAAUGACUGCCUGCGGAAAUAACUAUAGAUUCGCGAAAGUACACUAAAUCAGGCAGUAAAAACGGAUUGGUAAUCUUGGGAAAAAAUCGAAGGAAAAGAGACGCCAGCAGCUUCCUCGGAUUGUUUUGUUGUUUUCAGUUCGUUAGUGUGUGUCCGUUUUUCCGUCUGUGUUUGUGCAACAAAGUCAAAGUCGUCGAAGCUGCUGCAAAAAUACGUGAAAUGCAAAUUGUGAAAAAGUUGCAAAAGCAACAACAGCAUCUAGCAACAACCAACAACAACGCAACGACAACUAUAACCGCAAUCACACGGCCAACGCAACAAUAACAACGGCAACAACAAAACGGCUUCGCGUGUUUUGAAAAAUUGCAUUGCAAAUUGCCCAGCAGCAACAACUAAAACAAUACCAACAACAAAAAAAAAAAGGGAAAAUUGCGCGCCAAAAGCGAAAAAACAAAAGGAUUACACAUAAACAAACCGAAGAAACAGAAGCAGCUGAGCGAAAGAGAGAGAUAGUGAAAAAUCAAAACAGAACAGGCAGAAAUUCCUGUUUAUCCACCUUCACCUCCGGCGACACCCCCGUCGUGAUACGGCAUUCAGGCACAGUCUGGCGGACGCUGACAACGCGGCCGGAACGAUGAUGUCCAUGACCAGCUCCCCGCCGGCCACACCCACUGGCGUCCAGACGGACUCCGAUGGGCUGAUCCUGCCCAAGAAGCUCAUCAAUCCCUGCAUGGAGAACAUCGAUCGCAAGGAGCUGCACCGAGAGCUGAAGUUCAAUGCCAGAGUGGGCAAGAGCGUGCUGAACCAGAAAUCGGAAUUGCAACGUGCCUACGACAAGCAGAAGGAGCGGCAUGCCGCGGCCGAGCAACACUCGCCGGAUGCGGACAUCGUCGGCGGGAUUCCGGGACUGAAAGGAGAACUCGGGCGCGUGAUCAUGGAGCGGGCGCAGAAGCACGAGGCGGCGGCUCAGAAGCAGGACCAGGAGGACGCCGAGGAGCGGCAGUACGUGAAUCCCGAGUAUCUGAACGUGCGGGCCAAGCUGCGCACGGCGCACGCCAACAAUUAAGGAGCAGCCCACUCGGAUACCCCUCAUCCUGUAAUCCUCAGCCUAAUUAAUGUUUAGUUUUAGUAAGAGACCUAACCAAAUUAUGUGUAAGAAAAGCAUGUGUUUUAUGUGUUAACUUUGUGAGCGGUUUUCAUUUUGAUAUUAUGCAAAACUAGAGUUGAUUAUUAUAAUUAAAAUGUACACCUAGACUAAGCCAUUAACUUGUUUAGUUUGUUAGUCCUUAUCACUAAUCUAAGUUGAAGCUUUCUUGCGCUAAAUUCGUUGUGUAUAAACCAAGUGUAUAAAGUUUUAGUUUCUAAAUGGACCCCAUUUCUUCCAAAAACAACAAAAUCGAAAACAAAAUGGAACAUUAUGUAUCUAGUGUAGAGUUAUGUAUUGUAUAUGUAUAUCUAAAGAUUAGUGAGACCGAAAAUGCUGUAAACAGGGCGAUGUGUUAGAAAAUAAGACAGAGAGACAGACAGAACUUGGGCGGAAGAUAUUUGAUCUACAUAGAACAACUAUUUUAUGUCAAGCAAAGAAAUUUAAACAGAUUACAGAACUAUAUACAACAUAUAUCUAUAUACAAAUUUAGUUUCUGGAAUUAAUAAAUUUUAUUGUAGGCGAAAAGUUAUAAAACCAA